AGGAGAAUCUGUUUUGUUCUCCUAUCCAAUCCUGUCUAAAUGUGACAGAGAUACCAGGCAAUUUGUUUCAGGAGAGGCAAUAUAGCUCACUUGUCACCUUCCUACUUGUCUCUCAGUACCAGACCUCAACACCAUAUGCUAGUUACUGGAACAGCUGGAGUCCAGGUUACAAUGAUUGACAAUAGUAGACUGUUGAAAACUGAUAUCGCUCCUCCUCUUCCUCCAAUCCUCCUCUCUCCUUCUCUUACUUCUCCUCCUCUUCCUCCUCUCUCCCUCCUCCUCUCCCUACUCCUCAUCUCUCCUUCUCUUACUUCUCCUCCUCUCCCUCCUCCUCAUCUCUCCUUCUCCCCCAGUGACCAGAAGAGCAGCAGGAAGAUGUCUUGUUUGGAUGAGGUUCCUUUUAAGACCCUUCUGGGAUCUCUGGAGGGACCCAGGGAAGAGGUGGAGCUGAUUGCUGCCCCAGACAUCACUGUCCCAGACUAUCUCACCAUACUGCAGGAGACAGAGUACAUGUUCAGCUUGGAGAACUGGGUGCUCCAGGGACUCCAGGGAGGUUACCCCAGCCAGCCCCAACACCCCGGCCCCAGAUCCCCAUCCGAGGUGCUCCCCUCCAGCCCACCCUACUGGCAUCUCUUCAGCAGCCCCCAGGAGAGCCGCCUGGCCAGCCGACACAGCUCUGACUUCUGGGAGCCCAACCCCCGCCAGCGCUCCCACAGCCUGAACCCGGUUGACAUGCGCACCCGGGUUAAGUUCGUCAUCUCCGACUCCGAGGAGGAAGAGGAGUGCUCUUCGUCAGGAGAGGGUUCCUCGGAGUCUGGUUCAGGGUACAGGUCGGAUCAGCGUGUUCCUGGGGUGAGGAACCCACGGCAGACCUGCACCCCUAACGUCCUGAACCUACCUGUCUCUCAGAGUGGUCUGGUGACCUACCAGCGUAGGAAGAACCUCCGCCAGUACUCGCUGUCCGUUCUGGAGACCCCCAGAGAGUGUAUCCAGGGGCCCCCUUGCCCCCCAGGAGGACCCAAGCCACCGUCCUCCUCAUCCCUACCCAGACACCCAUUGACCAGGGCCAACACAGAGAAUGUCCCCUCCAUCAGACACCACAAGCCAACACAUCCGUCCCUGAGUCCGUACUUCUGCCUGCCGGCCCUUCCCUCGGUGACCUCAAGACCCCUGGGUUCCCACGCCGCGUCAGUACUGGACUCCUCGGUGGAGCUGCUGUCCGCGCUGAGUCCCGAAGAGAGAGAGCUGCUCCACGCCAUCACUGAAAGGGGCUAUCCGCUCCGCACCGCCAUCAUCGCCCUGCAGAAGACCGGCCAGCAGAGCCCAGAACAGAUCCUGCGCUAUCUGGUGGCCUGUGACAGACUGUGUGAGCGGGGCUACGACGAGGCUCAGGUGGAGGAGGCUCUGGAGAUGUUCCAGAACUGUGAGACUAAGGCUGAGGAGUUUCUUCACCUGCUGGCUCAGUUCAAUGAGAUGGGCUUCCAGCAGAACGCUAUCAAAGAGGUUCUGUUAGUCCACGAGAACCACCGCGAGAGGGCCCUGGAAGAGCUGAUGAUGCGUGUGGCAUGACAGGGUCAAUGUCUGCCCCCAUGAAAAAUACAUUGUAGGAGACAUACAUGCACCAACACAAACACAGUUCCUGUUUACUACAAACAAUUAUGUUAGCUAAUGUAUCAUAUUAAAGGGAUAGUUCACUCAAACUAUAUUUUACUAUUUGGUUCAUUAGUCCACUGUUAAUACAAUCCACAAAAAUUGUGUAUGUCACCAGUCAAGUCUUCAAGAUUGAGCACUUUCAGUCCAGAGCAAAAACGAUGAUGAUGAUGAGUUUUCAGUGAACUAUCCCUUUUAAUGAUAUGUGAUUUGCAAAUUGCAAUUUGCAUGUUGAAACAAUGUUGAUUGACUGGAACACACUAAAACUAUACAUUCUAGCAAAUCAGGAAAUGAACAGUGGCCUUCUAGGAAAAGUAAAACUUAAACAAUACAAUUUACAGACAAUCGAUAUAUUACAUAGUUUUAUUACAUUUCAGGUUUUGACAAUGUUUGAUGUGAUUUGCCCAUUGUCAAUUUUCUUUGUCAAUUUCAAGUAUCACAGCAUUUGUCAUGUAGUAUUUUUAACUUAAGUUUGAUCUGCAAUACAAUUAAAUAAAAUCCAGUAGACUAUGGUUGCAUGCCAAAUGGCACCGUACUCCCUUUGUAGUGCACUACUCUUCACCAGGGCCCAUAGGCUCUGUUUAAACGUAGUGCACUAUAUGGGGAAUAGGGUGCCAUUUGGGAUGCAAACUGUGUUACUGGUAAGUCAUUAUCUGUAUGUGUAGGGUGUGUGUACGGGGUAAAAGAUCUAAACCUGAAAGAAGCUUGUAAAACUUUUUCUGUAUGGCAGGUUGACUGAAACGACCCACUUGAAG